AUUUUACGGAAUUUUCAGUUUUUGCUGACUCCGCCGUCCUUCUGAUUCUUUGGCCUUUUUACCUGUUAGACUAGAGCCAUGGAUUUACAGGGUUUGUCUAUGCGUCGUAACCCUCAGUCACACGCUUUUUAAUAUUUACCUGUUAGAGCCUUGGAUUCACAGGGUUUGUCAUAUGCGUUGUAACCCUCAGUCACACGCUUUUUUUCCUUUGUAAUUCAAAACGUACUCACUGAAAUCUGCGUUCCUCCCCCUUGUCCUCUGUAUUUCCGUCAAUCCUCAGAUCCCAGCCGUAGAGAAGAAAAAUCAUCUCGUCAAUGGCCACGGUCUGUCUGUAUUCGCCUCUCCUGCUGGAAUCGUCAGAUGUGUUAGAAUCCGACUCGAGGGACCAAGAAGAUGUCAGGUUCAAACACCAAACUAUCUAUUAAACGAGACAAGAAGCAAGGAAUCAAGCAGAGACAGAGUGGAAUUUAGCUCAUGAGGAGAGACGUAUUGGGCUGUACACUCAGUUACAGUUUUUCCCUAUGCUCUAAGAUACAGUCUCACGUGCUCCUCUAUUUAUUCGGGAGGUCCCGAGUUAACAUCACUGAGGCUGCUUCUGAAGGGAGGGGUAAUGCAAGCAGCCCCAGUAGACACAAUACAUGAUUAUUCAGAAUGAAAAUGUGCUGACACUCGUGAUCUCGCCCUGUCUCUGUCCUGUCCGCGCCGAGGUACUCGAUGUCCGUCCUUGGUUGUCAGCAGGCAGGGUCUGGAAACAAACUGCUUAUACGAGACAAUUCGCAAAGCAAGAUUACAAGUUGUGCGUUUGCACAAAUAGAAAAGUACAACUUCAGCACAAUUUAUAAUAACUAUAGCAACGGCGUUUAAGCGUAAGAGUUGUGUGAUAACUUAUUCAUAAUUAUUCUAACAGAAAGUUCUAAAAUUUUACUGACUUUGCAGCGAGCCACCUCACCGAGAGAUCCAACCAGCUUCUUUAUUUUAGGGAAAUUAUUUUCCAGUUUUGCACACAUUUCCGUUAAUAAUAAUGGUAAUAAUAAUAAUAGUAAAUGUGAUGGGAAAUCAUUUACCUGUUUCUUUUUACAAAUGAAUUACUUUUAAAAAUUGCAAGUGAUAAACGCUUUUUUAGUGAAACAACAAUAAAUAAAACCUCAUCAACAUACAUAAAAUAAAGAUGCAUCAAUAAUCGAAUUUUAAUUGGAUUGUAGCUCUUGAAUCAUAAUUGCAAUGGAAUCGUGAGGUGCCCAAAGACUCAGAACUCUACUAUCCACAGUGUGAAUAUGCUUAAAAAACUUUAUAAAUAAAGUUGGUAUGGUAUAGUAAUCCUCACCACCACUGUGGAAAAUAAGUUUCUUGCAAGUAUCAGGUUUGGCUUAGCAUGCUACACACACACACACACACACACACACACACACACACACACACACACACACACACACACACACACACACACACACACACACACACACACACACACACACACACGCACACACACACACACACACAAGCAGCAUGACACAAGCAAAGCAUCAAUGUAAAGUAGGGGAGAUUGCUCCAAAUGUUGAUACUAUUGAUACCAAGUACCGGUAUAGUCUCAGUAUGUAAGCAAUACUAAAUUGAUUUGGUCAAUAUUUUUGUUUUUAUUCCCAAAUAUUUUUUAGGGUCGUUUUGAGCAAAUUCAAAAUGUAUUAAAAUAGGCUUUAUAAAAUGUGUUAUUGUGUUUUUUUUUAGUUACUUGCUAUGUAAAGAAUGUACGGUCUAUAAUCUAUUGCUAAAAUAUUGUAUCAGGACUUAAAAUUAGAUCAGAUCUGAGGCCAAGAAAUCGUAUUCAGGAUGCGAGGCCAAAAUUGUUGAUUGGGACUUCCCUAAUUGCAAUCACGUUCAUUGGGUGGAACUGGAACAGUGACAGUGUGAUCCGCCAAUGAGAUCGCAAUGGAUGGAUGACGUUGGCUCACUGAGGGGAGGAAUGAGCAUCAAUGAAGAUAUAAAAGAAAGACGUAUAAGAGAGAGGUUUGGACUCAUCUCUUCGUCCACCCGAUGAUGGAGACGGAGGACCAAUCAGAGCUCUGCUUUCCACAACUAAGCAACAUCUCCUGCAAGAAGCCCAUGUCUCAUUGGUCUGGUGAUAUACUUUUGACAGUUCUGCUGUCCGUUAUCUGUGUCUUCACUGUGUUUCUCAACCUGCUGGUUAUCAUCUCAAUCUCCCAUUUCAGGCAGCUCCACACUCCCACCAAACUCCUCCUCCUCUCUCUCGCGGUCUCUGACUUGCUGGUGGGCCUCCUGGUGAUUCCAGGUGAGAUCUACAUGAGAACAUCCUGCUGGGCCCUGGGCGAUGUUCUCUGUUCUCUGUGGAGCUACAUGGUCUUCACAGUGACGUUUGCUUCAGUGGCACACAUGGUGCUGAUAUCAGCUGAUCGUUAUGUGGCCAUUUGUGAUCCUCUGCAUUACAACACCAGGGUCACUGUGGGAAGAGUUCGAUUCUGUGUUUGUCUCUGUUGGUUCUCUUUCUUCCCCUACUGUGGCAUCAUUUUGAAGGAACAGCUGGCUCACCCCGCCAUGUAUAAGUCAUGCCACGGAGAGUGUGUCAUUGGUUUUGAAUAUGCCUCAGGUGUUGUUGACAUUGUUGUGGGCUUUGUCCUCCCUCUCAGCAUCAUCCUCAUUCUGUACAUGAGAGUGUUUAUGGUUGCAGUGUCUCAGGCGCGAGCCAUGCGCUCUCAUGUUGCAUCCAUCAAACACCAUCAUUCAGUCACUGUUAGGGCAAAGAAAUCAGAGUUGAAGGCCGCCAGGACUCUUGGUGUCGUCAUCCUUGUCUUCAUCAUGUGUUUAUGUCCAUAUUUCAUUUUUACUCUGGCAAGUGACAACAAAAUAAUAUCUUUAUUGGCUCAUUAUGCUGUUUACUUAUUUGACUUCAACUCGUGUUUAAACCCGUUAAUUUAUACCUUGUUUUAUCCCUGGUUUAGAAAAGCAGCUCGAUGUGUUGUCACGCUGCGCAUACUGAAGUCUGGCUCUAGGGGAGACAACAUACUUUAGACCAAAAGGUGAAAUAUUAAUGUUUACAGUGUCGAUUGUAGUAAUUAGUUAACCAGAUGUAAGUAAGCAGCCUCUUUUCCACAGAUGAAAUUGUAAAGACAUCCACAUGAUUUAAACUGUAAUGAACACUGACCCUAUUUGAAGUGCAAGUGAAUUUCAUUUGCUCAAUCUUUGAGCUGGAAAUGCCAAGAAAGUAGAAAUAAAGUAAAGAAGGUGACUUACAGAAGGAUGUUGGGUGAAGAAAUAAGUUUCACAUUAGAGGAGUACAUAUAUCAGACUAUUAUCUCAUAACCUAACCUAAAACCUGAUAGAACUGUGGAAAUAAUGAAAUAUUUACAAUGCAUCUUUUUACAAAUCAACUUGACCUUCAAGGAUCUAUUAUAACCACUUAUAUCAUUUUUAAUCAUGAUGAUCUUACAUCACACCCGAGUAUUCAUAUCUCUACCCUGGAUGUAUUACAGUUCUUCUCAUAGUUAAAAUUGUUUAUGCUUAAAAACUACUAACAGGUUAAUAUUUCCCAAAUAAAUUCAUGACCUCAACUGAGCUUUCUUUUGUUCUGUCUCUCUAAUUGUAUUGCUUCAACUGUACUUUACUAUACUCUGUACUAUAAUCCUCCUGAUAAGACAUUUUGUACAUAAUAUAUAACAUCAUGUCAUACAUGUUGACAAAUGUGUGAGUAUGAUUAGCAGAGGUGUGGACUCGAGUCACAUGACUUGGACUCGAGUCAGACUCGAGUCAUGAAUUUGAUGACUUUAGACUCGACUUGACAAAAUGUAAAAAGACUUGCAACUCGACUUAGACUUUAACAUCAAUGACUUGUGACUUCACUUGGACUUGAGCCUUUUGAAUUGACAUGACUUGACAUGACUUGCUACUUUCCCCAAAACCCAAAGAUGAAAAAGUUAUUCGGGAGCGCUCCGUAUUUUUCAUUGUGUACUUGUCUAUCAGCGUUGCGUGUGUCAGCUGGUGUGGUCUCAGUACAACAGCCAAUCAAAUUAGAUCUACUUUGUUUUCAUCACACAGCAUUCAUCCAAUCAAAUUGCAGGACAACCAACGAAGAAGACAUGUCCAAACCACACGCCAGUGAACAAAAAAUGAUACCUAAAAUAAUUUCGUUUGGGUAUAAAAAUUACGAGGUGGUCAACACAAAACGGUUUGCAGUAUGCAACACAUGCGGUUCGAAAAUUACUGAUGGAGAGGCAACAACUUCCAACUUCGUCCGGCAUUUGAAGUUGCACAAAGAACGGUAAGUUUUGAAUGUAAGAUAACGUUUAUUGGCUAAGGAACGUGACUUUUAUUUGCUGUGUAGUUAAAUCAGUGAGGCUGUAAACUCACUGCUAACGUUAUAACGUUAUUGCAAACACGGGAAUCUGUUGCAGUUCACUACCUUAUUCAUACUUUUUGUUCAGUGAUUUUUUUUAAGCAGGGUUACGUUAGUCAAUAUAUCACACGUAACGUUAGACGGCGGUCAGCAGCACCGCGUAUUUUAGCCACCUAAAAAAAGACAAAUAUAGUAAAAUAAAGGUCAGUUAAAAUGUAUACUAUAUUAUGAAUAUGUGUACCGUUUUAGCUAGCUUUCUGACAUACUGUUGGUUGUUUACCUCAGUGGUCCCCAACCA